AUGAGCACAAGGAAGAGCUGCCCCCUGCCACUGGGGCAAGGAGACCGGGAGGAAAAGCAGAGUAAGGGUACUCCUGACCUGGAGCGACAGGAGUGUGAGGUGGAGCUGAGGAACAAAGCUAUUCUGCAACAGAAGAGGCGCCUUAAACAGGCCACCCAGUUUGUGCACAAGGACUCUGCUGACCUGCUGCCCCUGGACGGCUUGACAAGGCUUGGCACCUCCAAGGAUCUGCAGCCACAUAGUGUGGUCCAGCGGCGCCUCUUGGAAGGCAAUCUGAACAAGCUGCGGGGCGAGACCAGGGUUCAGUCUGCACGGGUUCAAUCUCCGCUGGCAAAAGACCAGGAUGAAAAGAUGGAAAAGGGAGAGGACAGGAGAAAAGAAACUUCACCCCUGCUAAUACAGUGCCAGUGCCAAGGUCAGGUAUUGAAAGCGACUGUUAACACCGGGUGUCUACCAAAUCUCAUCUCCAAGAGCUGUUUAAACCAGCUGGGGCUGGAAGAAGUAUCUGCCAUGGACUGUGGAGACCUCUCUCUUCCCAUCCCCAGCGUUGUUGGCCGAGUAGAACAUAUGGAGUUGCAAUUUGGCCAGGAGACAGUGCUGUGUUCAGCACUGGUUGUAGAUGAUGAUAUGCUGGAGUUUUGCAUUGGUCUCCAGACUCUGUUGUCUCUCAAGUGUUGCAUCGACUUGGAGGAAGGAGUCCUGAGAUUUAAAGCACUGAGUCAAGAGCUGCCUUUUCUACACACCUCUGAAGAGCCUGGUCAGUGACUGGCUGCAUUCCCCAUGUCUGGGGCUGAGGAGACUUGCUGCCAUGAGAGAGAGACGAGGGUGAGGCUCACAUGCCCCUAACCUUGCUGAGUUCUAGGCUGAGGCAUUCACUGGGGAGUGAGAAAAAGGCAAAUGGGUGCUGGAAGCUGUUGUUGCUGGGAGUGCCUCAUCUUGAGAGAUAACCCUCCUAUCAGUGGACCCUCUUGCUUGUUCCCAUGUAUGCCAAGUGGGCAUUUUGUUCUUGUUUUUCUAUCUGUCUCUAGUCACUCCAAUGCCUGCUUCUCUACUAAACUCACCCUACCCUUUUAAUGACUUAUUUUUACAAUAGCCUCUGUUCAUGAGACAAGAGAGUCUCUGUGAACAAUCUGCAGUUGUUCUGUGGACAGGAGGACAGCACUUUCUCCAAAAGCCUCCAAAGAUUGCCAUGAAUGCUUCCCUUCUUUUUGCCUCAAUGUGAGCAGAUUCUGCUCCCAUUUCUUUGCGGGAAGGGCUCUGUGGCCAGUCCCCUCACCUGUGUUCUGGGAAGCUGGAUUUUGUUACUUUUUGCUGGCUCAGAGCAGAACAGAAGUAUUUUCUAGCAAAAAUCUUGCAGCAAGAACACUUUUAGAGUUCUUAAUUCUAAGAAACCUCUGCAGAAAUGCUGAGCAUAGAUGUCUAGAGUACAGUGGACACUCACAGGGGCUUGGGCUUUGCCACUUUGCAUCCUUGGCCACUAAGCUAUAUUAUAUGAAUGGCAAUGCUUAUCAUCUCUUGGUGUUAUACGUGGUAACCAGACUUGCACACCCUGUUCUUCUGACCAGGCCUCUCUUCUCCGCACUCCAGCUGCUAGAGCUACAUUCCUAUCACCUCUGCUGCAUCAUCAGAGUUCCUGCCACUCAGUUUAAAUGCUGCAAUGGAUUACAGUACCCAGAGUCUUCUGCUCUGUAAGCUCCUUUCUUUCAACUUGAAAUCUAGUGAUUGGACACAGAUACAUGGUCAGCCUCAAGUCCCAGCAUCUUACAGCCUACCAACUUUGCUACUCCUGCAUGAAACAAGAACUAGACUUCCUCACAGUAUCAGCUCAGGUCAGAGAACUGUGAACUCAUCUGGGAUGACCAGGGUGAUUAUUAAGUCACUUAAUUGUUGAGGGUUUUUAAUUUUUUUUUUUUUAAUUGCAUCCUAAAGCAUAGCUGUGUGAUAAAUACAUGCCUAUUCUUUACUAGCUCUAGGAAAGAUGCACCAGAUCAGGGCUUGUUCCAUGCCUCAUGACUACUGAUUCACUAUCCAAACUCUGCACAAUGUCCCUUUGUCCACCCUUAGAAUGUCAUGACAUUCCCAUUUUGCCUGUCUUCCUGGAUUAAACACAGCUGGCUCUCUUCUUUUUUCAUCAAGCCACUCAUUGUUUCUGUUGUGCUUCUCAAAGAACUUGCGUAUGCAUUUUUGCUUUUUUGUUAGUUCUUUCCUAAAUCCGAUGCUGUAUGCUGUAGUUUAACACAUGCUAAGGACAGCUGAAUACAUCCUGGCUGAUAUGAUUUGGGAUGCACUUACCAGUGUUAGUUGGCGUAACUGGCAUCUGCUUCUCCUACAAGCAGCAUCAGGCUAGUGACUUUUAUUGUUAGUCAUCGUAUCUUGCAGCUUCUGAUCUGUUCCUUGGCUUCUUUGCCAUUCUUCUACUUAUGAUCUGAUUAUUUCUGGCUGCAUGAACUGCUUUCCAUGAAUCUCCUGAAUGACACCAACAGUAGUCUCAUUUAUGUCAGGACCUAUGUCUACUCAAUGAGCUUGUCUUCCAAAGUACCAGUAAUUCCUCCUGGAUUUGUAUCACCUGUGUGUCUGACUGGCUUCUCCAACCCAGGGGUCUUUAGUGACAGUUCAGACUUGUAUUAAACCAUCCUGUGUCUCAGCUGGAAUCUACAUGCUGCCUGGGUCAACUCUACUGAAAAAAUCUGGUUUGAGAUAGAUGAAAGACCUGUUCCUAUGUGCAGAAAAUCACCUAGAUUCCAACUCUCACUGCUCUCUAAAAAUGGCAUGUGGAACAAUGGAAAACAUUCUGCUAAAGCUGACAGAUAUGUCCAUUACACCUCUUAUUAUUCAUUAACUUUUACGAUCUAUUUAAAAAAAAAAAAAAGACAAACCCUAACCCUAAACAUUAAAUCUAACUCUAACCCUAACCCAAACCCUAAAACCUAAGCCUAAACAUUAAA